GACCUGUUUAAUGAUAUUGACGAGGAAGACGACCAAGAAGUUUAUAUGAGAGAGGUCGUCAUCCAUGUCAGAGCUCUUAAUGAUGAUAUCGACAAAAACAUUAAGGUGAAACUUAUUCUUGAUGAAUUUGAUACGCAUGGAGAUGUAACUGUCAACUUUAAACAAUUUUGCAUUAUGAUGGAUAAGAUGAAGGAAGCUGGCUGGAAGCACUGCAAUUCAGAAGAUUUAAAAAGGGAAGAUGCAAUCGAACUUGAUGCGAAGGCGAUCUUCAAAAUGAUUGAUGUCAACAGAAGUGGUUCAAUUUCUCGGCAGGAAAUGAGAUUAGCCUCCAAACUUCUACAGAAAAGAUUUGGAAUCAAAAACAUUUCCAAAUGGAUGAACGAAGCUGAUGUAGACUCAGAUGGGAAAGUAACCUUCAAAGAAUUUAAGAAAGCUGUAGCUGAACUGGAAGCUGCUCCUGAAUCUUAAACUGCAAUGAUGUCGCUAGAAAAAUAUAAUUUUGCAAUAGUUAACGAAAUACAGAAUUUGAUCUUAA